CUAAAAGUAUGAAGUUCUUCAUAUUGUAAAUACAAGUAUAUAUGUAUGUAUAUAUGCUGUACAAAGCUGUCCAAUUCGAAACAAUUCAGGGAGAAACAACUACAUAAUAUACUACUUAUAUAUAUAUUUAUAUACAUAUAUUGCAAAUUAUUUAAUACCACUGAAAUGUCAUCUUGGUCAUCAGAACAAUUAAAAUUCAACGGUGAAGAUUUUGACUAUGAUAUGGAUUAUUUACUCUUUGGAAAGUAUGCUAAACUGAAUUCGCAUACUGUGAGUAACAACUGUCAUUCAGGACAAUCAUCUGUAUAUAAUGUAUCCAAUUCAAUGACGAGGAUAAUGAACACGCCAUUUUGUCUACCGAAUCCUCCUCCUGCUCCUCCGCCUCACCAUCAUCAAAAUCAUCAUCACAAUCCGCCUUCUCAUCGUCAUUCUUCUAUGCAUCCAAUGAAUUCUGCUCUACCUCCUCCUAGUCAACCUAUGAUAAUAACUGAUGGAUGGCGAAAUACUGACCUAUGCCUUGAUAAUUUCAAUUAUACUACAGGAAGUGUAAACAUGAAUCAGCUUUGUGAAGAAAAUGUUCAUCUCUCAAGGAAUUCUGAUGGUAGUAAUAAUCACAGUGAUGAGUAUCUACACGAUGACAGUGAUGUUGAGCCCAAGUUGAAUUUAACCGAUCCAUUGAUGACAGAUAUUGCAGUUGGCGAUUUAGAUGAUAAUUCACCGAUAUCUACAAAUGAAUAUGAAAUGUUACUUAUGCCAGCAUCUUCAUCGUCGACUUCAUUAUCCCUGUCAUCAUCAUCAUCAUCGUCAAAUGGUUAUAACGGUUGCUACAGUCAUCCUAAUUCAGUAUGUUCAACACCUACAGAAGUUGACCUGUUCAAUUCGUCUAUUCCUACAUCGUGUUCUACAAAUUAUACCAAUACGAAUAAUAAUAAUAAUAAUAACAGUAGUUUAGCGUCAACGAUGGAAUGCGGUUCCACAUCAUCUUCAUCGUCUUCAUCAUCGACAAGUAGUGGUUCAUGUCGUUCAUUUCAAUCAUCAACGCAACAACUUUACAAUUGUGGUAAUUCACUGAUGAAGACAGUGAAACAGUCUGGCGGCUGUGAUAAGUUAUUGUAUAGAUCUACAGAUAAUACACCGACUACUACAAUUAGUAGUAUGAAUAAAACGCCUAGUCCUGUUGUCACUGCCGCUCCUUCUCCUUCUCCGUCUUCGUUGAUUGAUGAAACAAUGAAACCAGGCAUUGAACAGUCAUCUGACGACAGUAAUCAUGCCCGUAGAAGUCAACAACAGUAUGAAGAAGGCUGUGGUUUAUUCUCAACAAAAAGUCAUGGUUACAACAGACCACCUGUUUGGCAGAUGAGAUUUAAUCGAAAACAGCAACAGCAACAACAACCACACCAACAACAACAUUCUAACAAUUCUCCCGCCGUAUCAUUACUAACACGAUUCCGUCAUCAACAUCACCAACAUCAUCCGUCAAGUGUGAAUCAAGCGAUGAAACGUCGUUUCACUUCCCCUUUGAAAAAAGUCACUCUAUCAAGUGUCAAUGAACGCAGCAAUGCACAAAUGUUGUUUCUAAAUGCUGGUUAUUCAACACCUCCUCUAGAACACUGUAAUUAUUCGUCGUCUACAUCUAGUCCUCCUAUUCCACUACAAAUGACUCAUAAUAAUGGUCAGCAUCAAGGAGGAGGCGUAGGCGGCGCCGGAGGAGGUGAACAUAUUCCCUUCCCUAGUCAUCAUCAACAUGAUUCAUCGUCUACAUAUACAUUUCAGUUAUCUCCGUCACUAUCAGAGUGUCAUUAUAAUGAAAAAGCUUUUUAUUAUAGCAAUACUACUACUACUAUUAAUAGCAAUAAUAUGAGUAGUAUGUUAAAUGGGGAUUGGUUAAAAAAUGAGAAACACGAUUUAUCCUGUGUUCAUUCUACCCCAUUGUCGUCGUCUAAAUCAAUCAGUAAUAUGAACAAUACUGCCAGUACUCAUAGCAUCACUACGACUACGACUGCUACUAACCCUACUACUGAUGCUACUAUUACUACUACUAAUACUACUGCUGCUACUACUAAUUCAGUAGUAUGCAAAAGUCCGUCUAGAAAUUAUUCAAUUACUCCACCGAAUCCAGUUCAAAAACGAUUGCAUUUGUUACAGUUUAUUAGUAAAAUUUUACAAUAUUCUUCGCCUGAAUCAUCUCUAUUCACUCCUGGCGCUUCUUCUACGUCCUCAUCAUCGUCUAGCCAUCAUCAUCAUCGUUCAUCGGCAUUCAUUUCACCACCAGUUGUUAUCUGUUCCUCGUCUUCCUCUACGCCUGCCUCUGUCUCCGUUUCAUCCUCUUCAUCACCUAUUUCGACGCCUUUCUAUUCAGCAAACAAUCAACAAGAUGAGUUGAUACCACAUUUAUUUACAAUGAAUUCACAAUUUCUUAAUUGUGUUCAAUGGAUUGAUAAACAAGCGCGGAUAUUUCAAAUAAGAAAUCCACAGAAAUUAUCACAACUUUGGGGAUAUUAUCGUAAAAAUGAGAAUAUGACUUUUGAAUCAGUUAGUCGUAGUUUAAGGUAA